GAGCAACAUUCGUGAGGUUGCUUAGCUUGAGGGUGAAGGGGCUGGGUUCUCACUCUGUGUUCUUCAUACCUGCAGGUCUCCAGCCUGGUCUGGACAUCAAUGCCAGGGCUACGGUCCUCCUGGGACAAGGACAACCAUGGGAUCAGAGACCCCAGGGGUCCCUGAUGGGGAUCAUAUCUCUCAUGAAUGAAGGGGAUGAAGUCAUAACCCCCUGAGGUAUUUGUGGCUGAGACCCUGCCUUCCCUCCUGUUGGGGGAGACCCCUGCCUGCGCUCAGCCUGGGCUCCCUUCAUCACACCUCCCUUCAUGGAAGGGUGAAAUUCCUCUCUUUUCCCUUUGAUUUUCCCCGAGCAUGUGGAGCUCUGGUGUCCAGGGAACAGGGCAGGAGGUGUUCUCCUCCCUGUGUUGUCAACACGCACGAAGAAAGAUUCCUCACCCUGCACUCCUGGCUCGUAAGUCUGGACACAUCUCACACACCCCUGCACCACCCCAACGGGGCCUCGUUUCUCUGUUCUUUCUGCUCUGCCUCCACUGCUGAUCUCAGUCCCUGGCUUCAUCCCCAACAUCACGCGGCACCUAGUUCCCCUUUGAUGGUGACCACAGCUUUCCUGCACCCAGUGUUUCCUGUCCAGCUUCCUCAUCCCACACCACAGAGGGGAUGGCUCCACUGACAGGAAACUGGCCUGGCCUCGACCCUGGCAGUGCAGGAUGCUGGCCCUGCUGCUACUGUUUCUGCUGUGCACCCGGUCGCUGCAGGAGGAUCCAGGGUUCCAGCUACGGGUGCAGGGGUCAGUGACGGUGCAGCAGGGCCUGUGUGUGCUGGUGCCCUGCUCUUUCUCCUACCCCUCCCGUGUGUGGUCUUCUUCCGGACAGCUCUUCAUCUCCUGGUUCCGAGCCAGGAGCCACAUGAACUAUGAUGAUCCUGUGGCCACAAAUGACCCAGACUAUGAAGUACAGGAAGAGACCAAGGGCCGAUUCCAGCUUGUCGGGGAAGUCAAGAGCAGAGACUGCUCCUUGAACAUCAGAGGCGCCAGGAUGGAGGAUGAGGGAAGUUACGCCUUCAAAAUAGACACAAGAAAGAUAAAAUAUGCUUACAGAGACAAGAAGCUGAAUUUGCAGGUGACAGCCCUGACAGAGAAACCCAUCAUCCACAUCGCUGAGCCUCUGGAGUCCAGCCGCCCCACACAGCUGACCUGCAGCCUGCCAGGAUCCUGCGAAGGAGGGCCCCCCCUCACCUUCUCCUGGUCGGGGGACGCCCUGAACUCCAUGGACUCUGGGGCCCUGACUUCCUCGGUGCUCACUCUCACCCCUCGGCCCCAGGACCACGACACCAACCUCACCUGCCAGGUGCAACUCGGAGGAGCUCAGGUGACCACGGAGAGGACCAUCAGGCUCAGUGUCUCCUCUGAGCAGCAGUGGGAUUCCUGGCCCCUGGUCUUCAUGGUGAUCAGGGGGAUCCUCAUGGCGGCUGGCUUCCUCCUCACCUAUGGCCUCACCUGGAUCUACUACAGCAGGUGUGCAGAUGCCCAAGGGCCCAGGGCAGAGAGUUCUCCCUGAGCCCCUUCUCCUGGACCUGGGACAGAGGAACGAUGCAGAGCUCAGAGGGACAGACUGAGGACAGCAGCUCCUGCCUGGAAACUCUGGACUCGCGCGCUGCUGGCUGCCUGGGUCCUGCCCGACCUGGUCCCCACACUCACCCCAUUCCUGUCAGUCCUGCCCUGCUCUGAGCGAGACGGUCCCGUCCCUUCCCUCCCUCCCUCCCUCCUCCUCAUUCUCCACCCCCAGCCCCAUGACGAGACGAACUUCGCAUCCCACUCCCACUCCCAAGAUUCCCACGGGAGCCUCUGGCCUCCCGCUCCCUGUUACCGCCGUGGAUGCUUACAGCGUCAGGUGCGCAGCUUUUCCUGCUCAGGGAGAGCCCUCCCUCCUUAUACCUAGCGUAAGGUGUCCUGGCAUUGAGAGAUACAGAGAUACGGUAUUAAACAGUGCACCGCACACACUGACCCCACCAUUUCAUAUCUCUGUGUGGGAGUUUUUCAACAUCAUCUUACUGUUCUAUUUCACUGGCUGUGUUUCAACUAAAAUUUGUUGUGUUUAAUUUUUUUCCUUUUUUGAGGGGAGGGAAUGGAAUCCACAUGCUGAGCACGUGCUCUACCACUGAGUUGCACCGAGACUUCUCUAUUCAUUUUGUGACGCACAGGAUAAAUUCCACACGGAAAUCUAAAGGGGACAGCUGGUAGACCUCUGCACAUGGACCCACCCUGCCUCCACUCUUCAGCUCAGAGUGGGGAUCCAUUCCAGCCCUCGUCUCCCACCGUGGGUCUGUUGUCCCCCAGUCCACACACCCCGUGGCGCCACCAUUGUCUCCCCAUCCAUGGGCAUCUGUACUCCAGCGACCUGCUCCAUAUACUUGGAAUCAAACCUUAUAUACGAAUCAGUGUUUGGAUUCUUGAACUCAACAUAGUGUUUCUGGUUUAUCCAUGUUAUUGCUUGUAUUUGUAGUUCAUGUUUUUGAAAAUGCUUUUAUUGCUAUAUGUUUACAACACAUAAUAAUUACAUUCAUUGAUAUAUUUACAUAAUGUUAAUGCAUUAAGAAAUCGAGGCACAGUAUAAUUUUUUUGCUUUACUUGUGAUGGAAUACACACCCUUCACACUGCA